ACCGCCGCUCCGCGGGGCGGUGCCAGUUGCGGGCACGUGCGGCCCUCGCGGCGGCGCUUCGCGACCUUUCGCCCGCGGCUGCGCCUGAGCCUGCGCUCGCGGGAGGCGGGGCCAAGGCCGCCGGCAGCGCUGUGCGCGGCCACGCAGCUCUCGCUUUCUCUGGAGCGCCCCGUCGUGGCGCCCGCGACGCCAGUUGUGGCUAGACGCCGACGCCGACGCUGUAUCUGCCGCUCUCGCUCUACAGCCAUGCAGGCACUGUCGCUCUUGAUGCUGGUGGCGGCCGCGGCGGGCGCCGCCUCCGCCGUCGCAGUGCUGCCCUCGCACGCGGAGGAGGAGCCCACGACGGCCGGGCCCCCGCAGCCCUACAGCUUCGCCUACGCCGCCGGCCGCUUCCCCAACCACGUGCGGCGCGUGGAGUACGUGGCGGACGCACACGGCUUCCACCCGGUGCUGAGCAGCCCCGUGGCCGACACGCCGGCGGUGGCGGCGGCCAAGCAGCGGCACGCGGCGCUAUUGCUGUUCGGAAAGGAAUGAAAAUGAAUGCUGUUAUUCGUAUUGUUUUAAUUAAUGCGCUUGUUUAUUUGCUUUUGUGAAAUAAACCCAAUGAAAACCUUGUA